GAUUAGAAGAUAUAGAAAGUCAAGUAAUCAUCAAGCCUCAGGAAGAGGAUUAUAUUAGGAAAGCUAUAUAUGAUGCUGCAGUAAAUGCUUCAAUUACUCAGGGCAUACAGCAUUAUCAUCCGCAAUCCAGCAUAGCUCUUCAGAUGGCAGAACAAGCUAAAUGGGCUACAUCGAUUGGUAUCUCACUUGUGUUAGAAACGUGCGGUAUCGAGGUUAAGGAUAAACUUUUUGAGAUGAAAGAAAUCAUUAUACCAGAUCAAGUAUACAAGCUCAGAACAACAUUAAUAGGUAAAGGGGAUGGUGUCCCUAUGAUGACUUCGAAAGCUUGGAAUGCCAUGUUUUCAUCUGACAGUUUAAAAGGUAUAUCGAAAAGCCCGAUGGCCAUUGCCAACAGUAUAGUUUACAAUAAUGUAGUAUAUGGCAAUGAAUUAGGUAGACUAAUGGGACCUGUAGAUAAUUUGUUUCUAUACGACUAUGCGGUCGAAAGCAGAGAAUUUAAUAUCAACGAGUGGUUUUCUAGUGUCAGAAAUAAGAUAGCAAUCCUAUUUAAAUACAUGACACCAUUACAGGCAACAAGUACAUUGGGAAAUGUCAUGAGUUAUGAGAUGAUUAAAGCCAAAUGUAGAGUAGAAGAAGCAAGCAGACGCUACUCUCAGGUAAAUAAAAAAAUGGCUGUAUGGAAGAAUUUGAGAGCAAUGUUACAUUACAGAGUUGUUGAUGCUGCUUUCCUUAAGAUAGUGCCAUAUACUAUGUUGACUGUUGAUGAAAUGGAUGUCAUCGGAUUUGUUGCAGUAUCACAUGACAUGGUUGAUUUUGGAUAUGAUGUAAGUGUCAAGGAAUCAAGCAAUACAUUUUUAACUAUUGCGGGUGGUAAGAUAGACAUGGAUUCUGUAAAAAAAGGAUAUAUUCGUAUGGCAAAUGGGCUACAAUACGUUAUCGAAAGAUACAAAUACGAUGCGUGUGGGUUGACAUUCCUAGCUACUCACUUCUGGCAAAUGGCUAAUGGCCGUCAUCGAAUUAUUCCAUCAAUCUAUAAUGGUGCAACUAACUAUCAGCAUAAGUAUUUGGAAUUGAAAAGUACAUUGCUGGAUGUAUUGCAAGAUGAUAAUAAUAUUACUAAGAAAGAUAGCAUCAGUGCAUUGGAAGCCGCAGAAAACCUUAGGGCUGCCGCUUUAUCACUAGGAUAUGAUGCUAUAGCAAUUGCCAAACUUAUCACCAUAGAUAUUGCUGGUAGUUACGCUGGCGAUAUUGAAAUAUCUCCCCAAACCAUCAAUGUGAUCGAACGCAAAAUAAGACAAUCAGAUGAUAGAGGCGGAUUACAAUAUAAAUGGUAG